CAUAACCCUACCAGAUCCCAAUAUGUCCACAGACCCUGAUGUACACCAGUCCCUGCAGCCCCCCCAGCCCCUCCAUAGCCCCCCCAGCUACCCAAAUUCACCAGUACAACUCAGUACAGCCCACUGGAGACCAGCAUAACUCAGUACUUCCCCCGAGGAACCAAAACCAGGAUCCCACCAGGACAGGGCAGGAUGUACGCCCCACUGCUGGUGACACUGGUGACACUGGUGACGGUGCCCAUGGGCAUCUCUCCCUACGGCUUCCGCAACUGCAUCCAGGCUCCGUGGGACCUGGGGCUGUUCCGCUGCGUCCAGCGCUUCCUGACCACCGUGGGGGCUGCCGUGGGUGACCUCCCCCCCAACACCACCUCCCUCAACCUCUCAGUCAACAUCCUGCACCAGGUGCCCCCUGACGCCUUUGCCCACCUCCCGCGGCUCUGCACCCUCGACCUGACCCACAACCGGCUGGAGCUGCUGGCCCGGGGGGCUUUCCGGGGGCUGCUGGCACUGGCCCAGCUGGACCUGGCCCACAACCACCUGUCAGUGCUGCCCACGGGGGUCUUCACUGGGCUGGGCAACCUGAGCACGCUGCGGCUGGACCACAACCCGCUGCUCGCUGUGGCCCCAGGGGCCCUGCGGGCGCUGCCCGUGCUGGCCACACUGCUGCUGCGGGGGGGCCGGUUGGGUGCCCUGGGCCCCGUGGCUGCGGCUGUGGGGCACCUUCCCCGCCUGGAUCUGCUCGACCUGUGCGGCAACACCCUGUCAGCACUGGCACCGGGGCUGCCGCCUGCACUGAGGGUCCUGCUGCUCUGCAACAACUCCCUGGGGACUCUGUCAGGGGCGGCCCCCGAGGUGCUGCCCAAGGGGCUGCGGGUGCUUGACCUGUCCUACAACAACAUCUCGGACCCAGCGCCCCUUGGCCGGCUGCGCCUGCACAACCUGACGCGGCUACACCUGGCUGGGAACCCACUGGACGUUGCACGGCUCCUGAGGGUGGUACCCCCGCGCUGCGUGGACGUGUCAGGCCUGCAGGUGGGUGCGGGGGGCUUGACCGAGCUUUGCCAGCACCUUGCGGGGCCGUGGCUGAGGCGGCUGCAGCUGCGGAACAUAGGGCUGGCAGUGAUGCCUGCCAAGGCACUGGCUGACUGCCCGGUGCUGGGUGCCCUGGACAUAUCCGGCAACCGGCUGCAGAAUUUGAACUGUGUGGGGCAGCUGCUGGGCCUGGCACAGCGCGCGGCACUGGGCGAGCUGGUGGCCGAGCACAACCUGCUGCGGUGGCUGCCGUCGUGCCAUGGGGCCCCAGUGCUGCGGCGGCUCCACAACAUGUCUCUGCGCUUCAACCGCAUCCUGGUGGCUGGUCCCCGUGCCUUCGCCAACACUCCGGCGCUGCGGCGGCUGCGGCUGGAUGUGAACGGACUGGCACGGCUGGACCGUGCGGCGCUGUGGGGACUCCACGACCUGCGGCACCUGCGACUCGACAACAACCUGCUCACCGACCUCCUGCCUGGCUCCUUUGCCGACCUGCACCGGCUGCGUGACCUCAACCUGCGCAACAACCGCGUGGCUGUGCUCUUCCCCGGCGCCUUCAGGGGGCUCAAACACCUGCAGACCCUUGACCUGGGUGGCAACAAUCUGCAGCACUUGGCGGCCGCUGCGCUCCAGGGGCUGCCCCAGCUGUGCCGGCUCUACCUGGACCGCAACCGGCUGCUGGAGGUGAGCGAGGCGGUGUUCCGGCCAGUACAGACCACGCUGGGCGUGCUGGACCUGCGCGCCAACGCGCUGCGCUACCUGAGCCGGCGCCCGCGGCAGCCGCCGCCUUUCCGCCACCUGCGCCGGCUCUAUGACCUCAAGCUGCAGGCGCAGCAGCCGUAUGGGCUGCACGUGGUCCCGCAUCGCUUCUUCCAGGGCCUGGGUGCCCUGCGCUCGCUGUACCUGUCACAGAACGCGCUCUCGGCCGUGCCUGCCGAUGCCUUCGAUGACCUGGCGCAGCUACGGUACCUGACACUGGCCGACGGCAGUGGUGGGAUGGGCGCCCUGCCUGCCGGUAUCUUCAAGAACCUGAGCCGCCUGCGCAGUCUGGACCUGGAGAGCGCGGGGCUGCGUGGGCUCGGCCCCGAGGUCUUUGGCAAUCUGACACAGCUGGAGGAGCUGCGCCUGGCCAAGAACGAGCUGCGCGGGCUGGACACGGCGCUUACCACACGCCUGCCCGCCCUGCGCUACCUAGACCUGCGCAAGUGCCCGCUGAGCUGCAGCUGUGCCAACGUCUGGCUGCCAGCCUGGCUGGCACAGGGGCCUGUGCAGGUGGUCUACCUGUACAAUUACACCUGCGGCGAGGCAGGCGGGGCCCCGGCAUACCUGCACAGUUUUGACACACGUGUGUGCUACUUGGACAUGGGGCGGUACCUGUUCGCAGGGACAGCACCGGCCGUGCUGCUGCUGCUGGCGCUGCCGCUGCUGCACCACCGCGGGUACUGGCAGCUGCGCUACCACCUGUACCUGCUGCGGGCGUGGGCACGUGGGCGCUGGCGGCGGGAGCGGCGCCGCUACACCUACGACACCUUCGUGUCCUACAACUCCGCAGACGAGCGCUGGGUGCUGGAGGAGCUGGUGCCCGAGCUGGAGCGCGGGGCCCUGCGGCUCUGCCUCCACCACCGAGACUUCCGCCCCGGCCGCGCCAUUGUGGACAACAUCGUGGAUGCCGUGUACAACAGCCAGCACACGGUGUGCGUGGUGAGCCGCGGGUACCUGCGCAGCGAGUGGUGCUCGCUGGAGAUCCAGCUCGCCAGCUACCGCCUCUUUGACGAGCUGCGCGAUGUCCUUGUGCUCGUCUUCCUUGAGGACAUCCCUGAGGCUGAGCUCUCAGCCUUCCACCGCAUGCGCCGUGUGCUGCUGCGCCGCACCCACCUGCGCUGGCCCAGCGAGCCUCUCGCCCGGCCCCUCUUCUGGGCCAAGCUCAGGGGUGCCCUGAGUGGCGGGGAUGAGGAGGAGGAGGAGGACAGGGAGAGGGAGAGAGGCACAACGGGGACCCCCAGGGAGGUUCCCCAUCAGAACAGCAACUUUCUGCCCCCAAACCGUGAUUUUCUCUCUGGGGAAUGUGCCCUGAGCAGUGAGGAGAAAGAGGAGGAGGAGGAGGAGGAGGAGGAGGUGGUCAGGGAGGAAGGUUGCCCUGACAUGACUGGGAUCCCUGGGGAGAUUCCCCAUCAGAAAAACAGUUUUGUGCCCCAAAAUCACUGGGUUUCCUCUGGGGAAUGUGCCCUGGGCAGUGAGGAGGAGGAGAAGAAGGACAUGGAGAGGGGGGAGAAGGAGGAAGGAUGUCCUGGCAUGACCAGAACCCCCAGGGAGUCUCCCCCUCAGAAAAGCAGUUUUCUGCCCCCAGCUCACUGUUUUUUUUCUGGGGAAUGUGCCCUACACAGGGAAGAUGAUGACAAGGAGGGGGAGUGGGAGGAGGAGGAGGAAAGCUCCAAGGUAAGAGAGCAGCUGCCCUAGAGCAGCCUCACCCUGGUGCAACCAUGACCCCCAGGGACAUUCUCCAUCAAAAAAAAUUGCUUUUUGCCCCCAAAUCCCUGUUUUUCCAGUGGGAAAUGUACCCUGUGCUGUGGGGACAAUGGUGAGGAGGAGGAGAAGAGGAAGGCAAGCUGGACAUCAAUGCCCCCAACCCCAGCAGCUCCAGAGACCCUGGAGAAUGGUCCUUCCUGGAGCCUCUG